AUGAAUAACCAAGCCGAUCGAAUGAAGGGAUAUCGCUAUAUUGCGCCCCGACACGUCGACGUACAGAGGAUACAAAUGUCGCUACCGUCACAUGCUGAGGAAGGAAAGACUAAGCGCGCAUCGAUGGCUUGUUUAGAAUGCAAAAAGAGGCGGACAAAGUGCAGCACCGGCAGGCCCUGCUCAGAGUGUGCUACCCACGAACGCGAAUGUAUAUAUGACGAGACUGCCGAUAAACGCCGCAAAGAACACGUUAUGUCAACGAAGAAUCAACUGCAAGCUACCGAGGAAGUCCUUGGCUUUUACCAUAAAUUUUUGGAGGAUCUUUUGGAGUCUCUUCGCUUAGGCAGUAAAGGCCAACUCCACGAGUUAGUGGAAGUGGUUCAAAGCACUGUUAGGAAUCAUUUGCCCGAGGAACAGGGCGGUUAUGAGAGAAUCAAAGAAACUGUCUAUUCCAUACUUGCAGACUAUGAAGAUGCGGAAGGGACUAGUGAUGUAGAGAUCGGGCAGGAUAUAAUCUCUUGA